AUUCCCUACGCAGUUUACUGUGUCUUGCGACCCAAUGCCAUAGGGCCGUGUAUACCUGUAAACCAAAGAUGAGUUCCAUCCUGUGUACUUAUGCGUUUGAAAUAUACGACUGACUCUGUAUAUUGCAUUAGACACUUCACACCCGUUGGCAGUCUGUGAGACACUUUCAAUUUUGAGGUUAGGUGUAGCUGUUUACAAAAUUUUAAAACAAGUUUUCCUCUUCCACUUUGAAAAUGACCAACACGGAACGAGCAGCCUCUGUUUCUUCGCCCUCCUCCAACACCUCGGGCGCCCUUUCCAUCGAUUUUGACGACCAUUUGCUACCGUCGAGUUUGGCCGCCGAAGAACUGCAGCUCGCUCUGAACAAGGAAGCGGGCGAGGUGGAAUUACAGACGGCCAUCGACCGGUGCAAGGAGCUGGUGCUCGAAUGCGAUCAGUGCUCUUCCGAACGUAAAUGGCUCGUACGACACCUAAUCGAGCUCCGUCUGCGGCUACAGGAAUGCCAGGACGCCCUGAGCGAUCCUCUGCACCCCAGAAACUCGAGCAGUGGAGCGUCGACGAGAACAGUCCGCGGCCACCACCUACACCUACAGCCCCUUCUCAGUACGUCAUCCCAUUACUGUGAUCAUUGCACUGGCACAAUAUGGAGCGUCGUUCAGGCGUGGUACCAGUGUCGGGAUUGCGGCUACAAUUGCCAUCACAAGUGCAUUUCGUUCAUUGUCCGCGAAUGCGCUCACGUUACGAUAACGGAAAGGGGCGGCUAUGAGCCCGACAUCUGUCCCGAAAUUGGAUUGUCGAGACAGAAGUUUCAGUGUGCCGAGUGCCAGGUUGCGCUACCUAUAGACACGCUGUGGUCGGAGGCGCGCAAGUGCGACUACUCCGGCCUCUACUACUGUUCGGCUUGCCACUGGGGCAGCUCGGCGGUCAUACCGGCGCGCGUCGUUCACAACUGGGACUUCGUACCGCAGUACGUCUGCCAGGCGAGCCUGCAGCUGUUGCGCAUAAGCGCCCACCUUCCGCUGAUCAAUUUGGAAAAGCUAAAUCCCUCGAUUUUCUCCGUCGUGCACGAGCUUAAGUUGGUCAGGCGGCUGCGAAACGAGCUGAACGGCAUGCGGAAAUAUCUCCUGGUUUGUAGGGACGCGGAGGGCAGUCGUUUUAUAUGGAAGAACGUGGACAGGCCGCACAUCAUCGAAUCGCCGGACCUGUACAGCCUGCAAGAUCUGGUCGACACUCAAUCGGGCGAACUGCCCUCUAAGCUUCAUUCGUUGUCGCACACUUUCAGUGAACAUAUCAAAACGAAAUGCGAGGUGUGCAAAGGAAGGGGGCAUAUUUGCGAGGUGUGCUCGAACGAUGAGGUUCUGUACCCGUUCGAUGUCGAUGCUAGCAUUUGUAAGGCUUGCGGGGUUGUUUUGCAUAAAAGUUGUUCGGCGAGGCGUAAGAAGUGUCCCAAAUGCUUGAGGCUGGAGCAACGUAAGCAGGAGUUGGCUGAUGUGACAGAUGGGGAUGAUCUUUGAAUAUUUUUGUGAUAUUGAUUUAUAUGUUAGAGAUGUAACAUUUUUAUGCAAUAAAAACAUUUUUUCCGUCA